AUGAUGACGAGUCGAUCAAACCACAAAGGAGUGUUUCCUAAUGUUCUAGCAGUAUUGCAACUAGUACUGACUGCUCUCGUAUUGAUGUCCCAUGAUUGCGAUGCUUGGAGCGGAUACUCGUUGCCGUUGCCGUUCGAUCUGCGUGCCGGUAGGGCCCCAUCGCCAUCGCUCUGGGUAGAGGUUUCCCCUGCCAACCUUCCCCAAGAUCUGGAUCGCAUUAGAGAGUGUCGUGCCACUGCUUUUGCUGUCAAUGCUGAAGCAGAAGAAGAUGGUAGUGAUAAUAAUGGUGCGGUGGUGAAACUGCUCAAGCAUCAGGAGUCCUUUCUCAAUGCAAAGUCGGCCAUCCAGGGAACCACUACUUGCCUUGUCGCUCGUGACCGAUUGCCACCAUUUAGAAUCCUUGGAACUGUCGAUUGUCGCCCCAAGGCAGAUGGUAAAUCAUUCAUUAUCAACAACGUCUUUGUAAGACCCCAAGCUCGUGGGUUGGGCAUUGCCAAACGAUUGGUGCAAGAAGCAGAACGGUUUUCGGCACAGUCGACCGACACCAUUCUGCUUGAAGUUGAUACCUCCAACACUCCUGCCGUUGCUCUGUACCAAAACUCUGCCUAUCGGGCAAAGGGGAUAUACGCCGUCUUGCAUGGUCUAGGAACAGCCACGGGCUUUUCCUUGCGAAUGACCAUGACUAAGGACCUAUCUGCCACGACGAUUUAG